AUGAAAAGCAAAUGGACGAUGGACAGGCCGCCCGCCCCGCCGCCCCCCAGUGACCCCCGCGAUGCCCGCCCCGCCCGGCGGCACGACUCGGAAGCGGAGACCACGAGCGAGCCGGAGAGCAGCCGCGGGGGCAUGGAGGCGCCGGCGGACCCCCAGCUGCUGCUCAACGGGGCGGCCAAGGAGGCGGGCCGGCCCUCCCCCGGGCCCCCCGCCGCCCCUGUGCCCGUCAUCGAGCUGGUGCGCCGGGGGGGCUCCCUGGACAUAAAAAGCCGUGAGGCGGCGGGGGAGGCGAUGCAGAGAGCGCCGGGAGCCGAGCCGUGCCGCGCCGCCGAGGCUGCCUGCGAGGCCCGCAUGGUGCAGCUGAGCCCCCCCGCGCUCCCGCUGCAGCCCCCCGGCAGGGCCAUGCUCUACAACCUGGGCCAGCCGCUGGCCACCAUCAACAGCGGGUUUUUCGGCGAACCGGACUCCUUCUCCAUGUACGGCAGCAACCGGGUGAAGCGGAGACCCUCCCCGUACGAGAUGGAGAUCACCGACGGUCCCCACACGAAGGUGGUCCGUCGCAUUUUCACCAACAGCCGGGAGAGAUGGAGGCAGCAGAAUGUCAACGGGGCCUUCGCAGAGCUGCGCAAGCUCAUCCCCACCCACCCGCCCGACAAAAAACUCAGCAAGAACGAGAUUUUGCGCCUGGCUAUGAAAUACAUCAACUUCCUGGCCAAGCUGCUCAACGACCAGGAGGAAGAAGGAAACCAAAGGGGCAAAGUGAACAAAGACUCGGGGAUAGUCCAGGAAGACCUCCUGCAGGACAUGUUGUCUCCCAACUCUAGCUGUGGAAGCUCUUUGGACGGAGCGGCCAGCCCGGACAGCUUCACGGAAGAGCACGAGACGCUGGAUUCGAAGCACACGCGGAGCCUGCACCACGCCAUCCUCCCCGUAGAAGGCAACGCGCAGCGGUGAUGAUCCUCACUCUGCUCACUCUGCUCCCGAAGAGCCACGGGGGAGAGGCCAGGCCUGGCUGUGCAGCUGCUGGAACUUGUGCUUGUGGGGUUUGUGACUCUGCCUUUCCCUGGGCUGCCCGCUCUCCCCAGCCCGGCACGGUGGCCGAGGACAGGACCAACCCAAGAUGAACGUUCGGGGUUUAGGUACGUGACCGUACAAAGAAGAAAAGCGUUGAAGUCAUCUUCGUUGUACAGAACUGCUCGGGAUGGGACUCUGAGGAGGGGAAGGAGACGUGGCUGGUGCAUCUCCAGCGUUUAGAGGGUUUUCAGACCACUUGGUGGCCGCCUCUUGUCAAGCAGUCAUCUGGGUGAGACGUGGAACUCCUCUGCGCUGCCCACGGAGGCCACCGGCGCUUUCCAGCUCCACGUGGUGCUGGAAACUGCUGCAUCACGCCAGUGCUGCAGCACUUCUCCAGCCUGUGGCACAUCCAGCUGCUCUGAGCAGGAGCUUGGCCACAUAUUCCUGUUGUCCGAGAGCUUCUGACUGUAUCUUUUUAAAGAGCUGAAAAAAUACCCUCAGCAAAAGAACUAUUAAAAUGAUUUAGACUAU